AUGGCGGCGCUGAGCAAGUCCAUCCCCCACAGCUGCUACGAGAUCGGGCACACCUGGCACCCGCGGUGCUCCUGGGCCGUCCUGCACGUCACGCAGGGGGCGCUGGCCGAGUCCCUCCGCAUCUACGGCACCCUCUACCUGAUUGCAGCUAUUCUCAGGAAACGAAAACUUGACUAUUAUUUGCACAAACUGCUACCUGAGAUCUUGCAAUCAAGUUCCUUUCUGACAGCAAAUGGGACCUUGUAUGUUGCUUGCUUUUGCAUCCUAAGGAAGAUACUUGGAAAAUUCUACUUUUGGUCUCCUGGCUUUGGUGCUGCUUUACCUGCUUCUUAUAUGGCUAUUCUCAUCGAAAGGAAAAGCAGGAGAGGUCUCCUCACAAUUUACAUGGCCAAUCAAGCCACAGAAACAUUGUUCCGAAUGGCAGUAGCAAGAGGAGCUAUUACACCUUUAAGACACGGAGAAGUCCUUUUGUUCUGCAUCACAGCUGCUCUGUUCAUGUUCUUUUUCAGGUGCAAAGAUGGCUUGAAAGGUUUUACAUACUCUGCACUAAAGUUCAUUGUAGGGAAAGAAGAAAUCCCCACUCAUUCAUUUUCACCUGAAGCAGCAUUUUCAAAAAUAGAUAGAAAGAUAAAGCAUUGUGAAAAAAUAUCGCAGCCAAUGAACAUACUGGCUCUAACAAAAAAGCUCAUGGACAAAGUGUGCAAACAUGGCCCAAGGCAUAGAUGCUGUAAACACUAUGGAGAUAAUUGCAUCUCAUAUUGUAUUAAAGGCUUCAUCAGGAUGUUUAGCAUCGGUUACCUGAUCCAGUGUUGCCUUCGGAUUCCAUCCACCUUCCGGCAUCUGUUUACAGAACCAUCCCGGCUACUUUCCCUCUUCUAUAACAAGGAAAAUUUCCAGCUUGGAGCUUUUCUGGGAUCUUUCGUCAGUAUAUACAAAGGUACUAGUUGCUUCCUGCGUUGGGUACGAAACCUAGAUGAUGAGCUUCAUGCACUUGUAGCUGGGUGUCUAGCAGGAAUUUCUAUGAUGUUUUACAAAAGUACUACUAUCUCUAUGUAUCUUGUGUCCAAAUUAGUAGAGACUAUAUACUUCAAAGGCAUUGAAGCAGGGAAGGUUCCCUAUUUUCCUCAUGCAGACAGCAUCAUCUAUGCCAUUUCUACAUCGAUAUGCUUCCAGGCGGCUGUGAUGGAAGUUCAGAACCUGAGACCUUCGUACUGGAAAUUUCUUUUACGACUAACAAAGGGCAGGUUUGCUCUCAUGAACAGGAAAGUUUUAGAUGUAUUUGGUACUGAAGCAUCUAAGAACUUCAAGGAUUUCACACCUAAGCUUGACCCAAGAUACACGGUUGUACCACCGGAGCUACCGCUGGAGCUGUCUUGAAAAUGAUAGUAUAUCUUGUCAUUGAAUGUCAUCAGCGUUUUGUCCUGAAAAGUUAAUUAACAGUCGUAUAUAUGGUGAGGCUUGGGCUCUACUUCAGUAUUAUGUCAAUGAGAAAUGCUUUUUACCGAUCAAAAGUACUGAAGCUUUGCAGGAAGGUGUGGCUUAGUGAUUAAGCCCCUUCUGUACACAGAAAAUAUUUCUGGAUUACUGUAGUUGGUUGACAGUAUGGUAGAUUCCUGAAUGAAUUAAACAAAUGAGUAAUAUAUUUAGAGAAGUAAAACAUAAAUAUGCACAAUAAUUUCAAAAAAUCCAUAGUUCAUAUCAGUAGACUAUUUCUUGGUAAAACUAAAAGUAAUUCUUAAUUUACAAAGGAAGACAAAUGGCAUAGUUCAGGUCCGUAAUUUUACCUGAUCAUAAACCUAUUGCAGUCGGGUUAAAAUGCCUUGUUGGCUUUCUAAACUGCAUCACUGAUUUAUCUCAAAAGAGCCACCGGCCACUCGUUAUUUAAAAUUGCAGUGUUUUUACACAGCUAUGGUUGCAAAAUAAGGCAUUCCUUAGGAAAAGAAAAUGCGUAUUAAUUCAGAAAUCACAUUCCAGGGCUGUAAAUCCCACUGGCGAUACGGCUAACAGACAAGGCAAAUAAGAAGGCGGUACUGGUGACUGCUGCACCAUGAGGAGCAGCCGGGUGUGGUGGCCAGUAUCUGCCAAGUGGAAAAUGACAAAACCGGCAGAGGAAGGAAUGAAACGUUCCAGCCUCUGAGAUGGUGCUGGAAACAGCAGACAGUUACAAAAAUAAAAAAGCCAAGAACAAAACAAAACAAAACAAAAAUCCCCCAAAAUACACUGACAUUAAAUGUUUAUUUUUAAAGGGCUUGACAUUGUUGCCUUAGAUGACAUCGGGUUGUUUGUCAAGCGGCAACGCCAGCCAGCAUUUCAGGCAUUUCUUUAAAAGAGAACUGACCCCUGAGGUUAGACUGUUACAAGAGAACAGUUUUGACGAUCGUAUUAAUAGUAUUUUUCCCUUGUACUCGGUGAAGAGUGGUUUUCCAUCGGUCCGUCAGACAGCCACGACUGGGACAGUUACAUUAAAUUUAAUAUGGUACUCAGUGCAAAUAACUACCUACACAAAUUCCAUCUCAUUUUUACCCUGCCUAUUUCUGCAGAUAAUAGUUUGUGUUCUAAAGCGAGACCUUGACAUGCUAAUUGCUUUUUUUGCUUUUUGGGGCUUUUUUUUUAUUAGAAUCCAUUCAGGUGAUGCUGAAUGGUGUUCAUUACCCUAGAACUUAAUGAAAAGAUGAACUAUAUUCACAUUCAACUGAAAAGAGACGAGGUAAGUCAGGGAAUGGAAAUUGCAGUAGGUUGCAUGUAUUUUAAAAAGAAAAAAGAAGAAGAAAUCAGUGUUUUAUUGGAAGUCUUUGUCAGAUGAUAUGAAUUGGAUUAAUUAAUAGAAUCUGUCUUGUAAGACUGCAAUCCUACCCCAGCCCUAAGCAUAUUUUAAUUCCCAUUAGUUUAAUUUCUUAUUACCGAAUAUACAGUCAUUUUUAUCAGAUUUACAGAAAUGUCAUGACAAUUGUAACAAUCUGUGCACAAAAUCUGCUGCUUCAUCAGCUACUGUAGCAGUGAUGCUUUAUCGCUGUUACUAAAGGUGCUUCAUCCUUUUAAACGGCGGUUGUCCAAGUUAGUGUGAAUAAAGUUCUGCAAGCUAGUUUGUAUGCAAUAUUUUAUUGCUUGAAAUACAUUAAAAUUCCUCAAAAGGAAAUAAAAGUUAAUUCAACAAGAACUUUAAAAGGAUUGUAAUAGGUUUGUAGUGUUUUUCCACUGGAAUAUGGUCUAAAAUAUUUGACCUUGUAAAGUCUGAGAAGUUAUAUAUUUUAGGUAAUAUGUUAGAACUCACACACUAUGUUGUGAAUACUUUCUAGUGUAACUAUAUACCAUUCUCAAACUUCAAGAUAUUUUAUAGAUGGAUUAAUUUUCUUCACUGGAAUGACGAUUGUGAUUGUUGCUCUACUUGAGUUAAAAAAUAUCCAAGUAUUACAUCUCAGCAGCUAAACAACAGUUUUGUGUAUGUUUUCUUGCUUCCAAAAUUCACAGUCCUUGUUUCAAGUUAUUUUCAUGUAAUAUAAAAAGAAAUUAAAACUUUUUAAAUUAUUUUUAUUCAAAUCAAGUAUAUGUAAGAGAAAAAAAAUAAAG